ACGCCCCGGCCGUCAAUGACAUGCAGUCGCGUCAAUUCAGAAUUUCAGGCCUUGCAGACGCGUCUUAGUAUCAAACAUCCCUGCACCUCAGCGUCUCCCGGGUGCCUGCGUUGACUAAAUCGGACCAGGACUAUGUCUGCUCAUUCCACAUCUCGCUCGGAUUUAGGAAACGAAACUGCCCGAAUAUCACGCAUUCGCAUUCGCAUUGCUCUGUCAACAAGCGCCGUCCUUUCCAUGGAGCCCAGACAGACGUCACCAUGAUCUGUCGGUCCAAUGCGGACUUGGAAGGAAUCAGGAGAGGUCCCAGACUCGGACGAGGAGGAGUUCGACAGCCAGAGCUCCCCAGGUAGCCCGACGUCCGCGGCCCCGCCCCCGAACGACGCCGACGAUAUCUGGAGCAUCCCCCCUUCGCCCGAACCGCAUCACGCUCCACAGACUCGCAGCCUGCUGGCCCCCGAGGUCCCCGCGUCUCCCGCCGAGAGGGACUCGAUUUCACCAUGUUCCUCCCCCCUGUCGCCUCCCCCUGAGGAUGUCGAGUCUCCCGCCUAUACACCACGCCGAGAUACUACUCCGAAUCCGGAGCAUGUCAGACUGCCGACUGCGUCACCGGGCCCGGCGCUGUCCUUGCCGUCUCGAGGAAAUGCGCCACGAUCUCGGAGCCAGACGUCUCCGUCUCCCCCUCGAGCGCUCCUGGAGGCCACCUCGGCAACCGUCUCGCCCUCGAGGCAAGUCGCCGUCCGUCUUGAGCGAUCACUCCGUCCCCGGAAACCGAUCCAGGAACACCCGUACAUGUUGGAGGAUGCGCAAUAUCACCGCUUCAUGAAAUCCCAUGGCUUCAAGCCCGUUCGAGUUGCUGUCGAAGAUGACAACGCCGAGGGGCUUCGAAGGGGCCAGGAUGCCGAGUCCCAGGAUGCCGAGUUUUCCGCCGAGGAGAGCCAACAGAAACCUGCAGAUCCACUAGGAGACACCCAAGAGAGCCAGCCAGUGUAUUUUGGCGAUGAUGCCGAAGACCGGGACGAACUGGCACCGACCCCUUCACCCAGAACAUCUUCUCAGACCCGUGCAACAUCAAGUGGGCGACCAAGUCCUGCGGACGAUACCGACAACACAAGCUUGAUAGGUGACGACGACCUGCCCUCGGUGUCAGAUUUGCUUCGUCGGCCACAGGAGCACCGUCCGAGGCCCUUGAAACGAACAUAUUCCUCGAAACUGUCUGCUAGCGCAAAGAGGCGCAAAUCGGGACCGCACGGUGAUGAUGCAGCCAGAACCCCGGCCUUCAAGCCUGUGGAAAUAUAUGACUUGCCUUCCUCGCCCCCAGUCGGCCCGUCACGCCGCUCGGCGGCUACAAGUGCCUCCCGUCUUGUCAGGGCGUCCCCGCGGCCAAGCGCCCAGACAACACCAUCUGCGACGUCACCCACACCAUCACGGCGGCCCCGAAGCAAGGCGAUUGUCAGCCUGAUCGAUAACGGGGAUACUAGUGACGACUCGGCCAGUACUGAGAGCGAGUCUGAGGCGAUCCGCCGGAACGUGAAAAAGAUUCGCGGGGUGCUUCCAGCUUCCUGGCUCCGCUUAGACAAUGUCAAAAGCCACGACCACAACAAGCCGGCUGUGACCAGACGAAGCCCUCCUGGGUCUCCGAAGCUAGCGGCUAAGAGGGGCGUCGCUCUGCGGAGACAUGCCCCAGCACCAUCAAAUCCUCAUUCUACAGCACUUGAUUUCUUGUUUGACGACGAUAACGACAGCGAUGACCAUAAUGAUGACAGAAUUUCAAACACGGGUGGUCCGGUUGGCUCCUUGGAUAAGUUUCUCCUGCCGAGCCGAACGGGUUCAGAACCGUCAACACCGUUGUUUAUAGACGAUGAUGAUAUCUCCGUGAACGAGGAGGACACAAUCGAUAGAAUGUUGCCAGGGAGGAACAGGAAAAGGAAAACAGACGGCAUUUCGGCAGACGGAUCAUCCGCCAGCCGCAACAAGUCGUCGAGUCGGACAGGCGUGCAUGAGAACGCGACCAAACCUCGGAAACGACAGCAAAAGAUCACGUCAACUUUCACUUCCAAAAGUCGAGGGUCUGGAAGCAAGUCGACUAGCCGCGUUGGCUCAGGGUUACAUCGCUCGUCUUCUCGGAGCCAUGGCCUGGGGGCCGGGCACUCUUCCGCUAGACGUGAAAAGCCCCCCCUGUUGAGCGUUCUCGACGUCGUCAAAACCAACGCACCUGCAUUCCUCAGGGUAGCUGCUCGGGCUGCCAGAAGGGCCCCCAACCAAGGCAAAUCCAGUCCCUCGCGGAAGCACAUCAACCUCGGCAAUCGCAAAGACAAUGUCGAUGCCCUUUCUGUUCUGCGAGACUGGAAAGCGGGCAAGAUACGGCCAAGGAUUCCUGCGAAGACGCCACAACGAAGCCCGGCCUCGGUAACACAAGCUCCGGUACCCCCCCUACGUGAAAGGUUGGCAAACAUUCAAAGCAAGACCGAUCGCCGUGACCAGAAGAUCAGCUUUGUUGCGCCGAAGAGGGUUGUGAAGCGAUCUCACACGCAGCCACGUGCCGCAGCCAACAGCGUCAAGAGUGUGUCCACAGCAACCGACAAGGCGCCCGGUGCUGCCAUACCACGAACCAGCAGCAAGCUCCGGCGUCAUGAUUCAUCCUCUAGGCCUGCUCAGCUCGAGACCCUUGAGACCAGUCGGCCUGGAAAGUUUGCCUUCCUUGCCCAAAAGAGGUCGUUGGAUGCAUCGUACCGGAGGAGCAAGAGUGGACAUGGGCCCGCUGCCGCUCGCCUCGAACAAUACAUCGACAGCAUUGUGCCUGAGACUGGCAAUGAUCAUGACGAGUCUGCUUUACAGACAGAACCGCAUGUUACCCAAGUCGAAGGACCAAAGAACCCCCAACUGCGUCGGUCGCGACUCCGCAAGCAACAUGCCCCGCGCUUUGUCGAUGUCACUGCACCCCAGUUUCUGCACGCAGCGGACCCUCUCCCUGACGAAGAACCGGCUCUUAUCGAAGAUAGCCCUGUGGUGCGAAACAACGAUAAGCUCAAUGGACUGGGGCCCUUUGGGACUCACUACACCCACCAUUUUGAGAUCUUCCCCCUGGACGAUGGCGUCUUCUUUCACGAGACCACAUUCAUUGCUCGUGGGCGACUUGAGAAGGCCCAAGAGGGCCAGUUCCUUGCAAAAGCUAGGCGACUCCGGUCCAGGGCGUCCUUUCAACUUGGCGAUAAAACGCUUCGUUGGGGACCCUGGGAUGAUAGAACCUCGUCGGAACUAGGGAUAGUGGUGGACUCAAUUGUCGAUCAUGUCACAGAGUCAGGUGCCCCUGCGGAAUCUACUUUGACGACUCCCAUGAUAAUUGCCGCCUCCGACUUCAUCGUUGACUUCGUCGAGGACGCAGUCAGUUUUUCUGGCGACGGUAGCAUCAAAGCCUUUCUCUCUCGAUCUCUCGAGAUUACGCGCGGCUUUAUCCAAAGUCUGGAGAAGCGCCUCAACUCGAGUCCGCGUCAUAACCGUGGCAAGGGGAUCCUUGAUAUUUUGGCGAGAUUUCUUACGUUCGCCCUCCGCUUGCUUCGACUAUCGCGGGAGGUACCCGACCUCAUGCACCAGUCUUUCGAGAUUGAGGAUGCACUGAAGAAUCUGGCCACUCUGUCCUGCCGCUGCCUGCUGUCUUCGGGAUUUAAUGUUGUCGAUGAGACUUACGUAGAUCUCCAGCGGCUUUCCUACCGGGAGCGAGGGAUCAGGGCUGACAGAGGCGAGCUGAUGUUGUGGGUUGUUCUAAUAAGAGUUCUCCAUGCUGCCGAUAUUCGCAGGGGGGGCUUCUGGGACAUAUUCGGCUCGGUCAUCUUGACGCCUGGACUUACCGCAUGUUCAGACGUCCAGCAGUUCGAGGAAGCCUGGAGAGCUCUCUUCACUCUUCUGCCCCUGACGGAGUUCAACGACGCGGGCGUCCUCGCUGGUGGGCUUCGCCUUCGUGAGCCUUCCGACGGCUGGGCCCUGCCCCAGGCGCUCCUGAAACGAGUCCUGCAGCUGUACCAGAAGAAUCCCAAUCAAGCGCCGAGCUUCAACGACUACUGCCGUGCUCUUCUGGGACGAUGCCACUAUCUGGUGGAGCAAUGGGGCUGGCGGAAAUGUGCCGGUAUCGCCGGACUGGUCCUCGAUUUCUUUGGUGCCCAAAGCCUGGCUCAUCUUCGAAAUGAGGAGGUCUACAAGUCGCCACUAUUCCUCGAGAACCUCACAGAUAACCCCUCACUUGUCAUUGCUCCCGAGGAUCGAUGCUUCCACAUAUUCGUCAAGAUGGUUGGCCUGGCUAUUCGAAGCCUCAGGGGCGCCGGACUGAUCAAAGAUGUCAAAAAUCUUGUGGCGCGAAUCCUCCCCAACCACACUCGCCAGUAUUCCAAGGAACAGGACAUGCACCAGCACGAGCUCGCAGCGCUGCGGAAUCACCACGAUCUUCUAUGCACCCUCAUCUGGGCAUCCCCCGCCGAUUUGCGCCCAGGCGUCCACCUCAUCGAGAAGCUCGUCGUUCCUGGCACCUCACACAGAGCUGCCUGCAUCGUCAAUCUCAGGUCAUGGGGCCAGCUCGCACGAUUUGUCGUCUUCUCCAAUGAAGGGGCAGCAGCCUUUAGGCCGUUCCUUUCGUGGCAGAACAACAUGUUCCGGCAGACGCUGGAACAGUACAUCAACGCCGAGUCGGACAUGCAGCAGCAGCUCCAAGCUCUUGAUGAGGGCGCUCGCCAGGAUAUUGGCGCGAGCAUGGUCAAGGGCACGAUUCUGGCUAACAAGGCCGGGGCUAUGGAUGUGAUGUACUGCUCGGUUCAGUCUUCUCUGGAGGUGCUCAAGGUUGCGCCCUCGUUAGCAGCAGCCACAUACUCUCUCAACACAUAUCAACUAUCUCAGGUUUUCACGGCGCUAGAUAUUUCGUCACCCGGAUUCGACUGGAAUAUACUACGAGUUGCCAUCGAGACUGUCGAGCGAUACCUGGAUAGGGUUGAUCAAGCUCUUGACCACCAGUAUUCCAUCGAGUCGGACGGCAUUGACGAACAUGACGAGGCCGAGGAGGCGAUCUUGUUGAUCGACCACGUACUCGCCGAGGGCUUGUUUUCAACCGCAAGGAAGAUGUUGACAAAGCUUGAGGCCAAAUCGUCGAAACGUCCUGGAGCCAAGGAGAGCCUGUGUGCAGAACAGCUCGUGCUUUUGUCAGCGAGAGUAGCGAAUCGCUUCCUUCAGAGCGGCGUCACUCGUUUGCAAGCGUUCUUCUCACAGGGGAAAUACGGCAUCUUCCGUGGGGCGCCCCAGAGACUGUCGCACCCACAGAGGGGGUAUCUGGCGCUUUUCACCGGAGCGUUGGUCAAGAACAGCAUGCUCGACUUCAAGGAUCUGGGUCUGACUGUGUUCGAGAUCUGGAUGCUCUCGGUGGUCAGCCCCUCUUCGGCGACUGAGCACGUUCCUCAACUAUCGGAGGCCCUACGGUUACACAAUUUUGCCUGGGCCAAGGGGGUGCCGACUCCUACAGGGUUCCGGCUCGACUACCGCACCUGUCGAGAGCUUUUUGCGCAUGCGAUCUCGUCCAUGAGGACUUCUUUGCGUACGUCCAGUGGCAGCACUCAACGACCAGGGCGACAACGGGAGGAGCUGGGCAAGACCCUCAGGUCCGUCAUGGACCAAAUGAAGCGAGAUCUCGCAUGUCUCAAGGCCAACCGCAGCGAGCACCUGGACUUUGUGGACUUUGUCCGGGCCAUUGUCGCCCUGAUCAGGUCUCAUGGCGAGGACUUUUGCGCCGUCGACCAGUUCUUCCUCGGGGUCAGUGCAGAUUACUCGCCGUCACCAGAAGAUCCCCAGCUACAUCUUGCGCGCAUAAUGUCCUACGGAAUCCGGCUCGGCGAAGGUGACGUGACCACAACUCCGACGUUGUUCUACUACCUCUACAACAACUUCAAGACGGCGGUCAUACGCGACAACCUCGACGGCGAGGUUAGCAUCCUACGCCGUUGCGUGGAUAAUCCACACAUACUCCAAUUCUUGCUGAGCCGCAUGCUGCCUGCGCUAGUGCGCGCGGCGGUAGGCACAACGCAAGCAUGGCCUCUUCUCGAGGUCUACUCCGGCGCCCUGAGUCACCUUCUGACCAGAUCCUGUGUCCCGUUCUUGAUUCAUAAAGAUUAUGCGGAGGAUGUGCUGUCUUUCCUCUCGACGAUCCUUACAAGCAUCAGGACUCUCAAGAGGCAGGUCGGCAGCAAUAUGCUCGGCGCCGAGCAUCUCAACGUUGUAGUGCAGUUGGUGACUUUGGCCAGCAGCCUGCGCUCCUCCUUGACCACAUACUUCUUCACUCUGGAAGGCACCAACGCCGAGGCCCUGUCGAAGAUCGUCAACUCGUUCUCGCUGUUCUGCGAGAAGGUCGUGAAAGAGCUGGGCCGGGGCGAAGACGCGGGAGACGGGCCUGCCGAACCGUACGACACGGAUGCGCUCCUCGGUGGGAUCCAGUACCACGAUGCCGAGGACCUCGGCAUGCUCGCGCAAGAUAGGAACCCCCACAUUGAGAGCUUCUCACGAUACGUCGUGUCGGACGUCCAGAAGAACUGGGCCGUGACGAACGGGCAGAUCAUGAUCCAAGCGCCGGGGAAUAGUGCCACUCAGCCCGGGACGCAGGCGGGACAGGCCGUCAGGUUCGAGCCGCUGGAUAAGGAUGACCUGCGACGCAGGCUCUUGGGACAAUGUAGAUUGUGGUGCUCGAGAGUGGUGCCUGUCGGCGGGAGGAGGCGGCGACGGUGGGCAGAGCGGACUCGUGACCUAUCUGGGCUUUGAAGGAACAAGGGGGUAUAUUAGAGGAAGAUGAACUAUAUCAAGCGUUCUAUGCAAACCAUCCGUGAUGCCGACGUGAUUUGAGGUCGACCCGGAGGUGUAGUAAUAGAACAGACAGUUCGCCCGUGUAUUCAUCGAUUUGUCCUUUGUCAGGUGCCCUACAUAUCUUGGCUAGGCGCAUAUCAACCUAACAAAUUGUUUGG